CUGCGUGUGACGUAGUGUCGCACGGACUCCACACGCACUGGUUUUCAUACACAGUCAAUGGUUUCGGCGGACAAGAGGGUCGCUCAUUGCGGUAUAAAAUAUUAGUAAUAAACGCUGAAGGCAGGUGCAGUUUUUGUCUGCACCGGCGUCACUGUUCUCCUCUCAAACAGGAAUAUAUUUGGCUCAAAGGUGAUUCUUCAACCCAAAGAUGAAUUUUGAGCAGCCCCCUCCAUACCCAGGUGGUGGCCCCACAGCUCCAGGCUACCCAGCCCAGGGCCCGCCACCACAAGGCUACCCUGCUCCAGGUUAUCCUCCGCAGGGAUACCCUGUCAACAUGGAGCAGCCUAACCCAGCCUACCCAAACUAUGGUGCAGGUCCAAUGGGCCCUGGAGGUCCUUACCCUGGCCCGGGACCUUAUCAAGGAUACCCUGGACAACCACAGUUUGGCUGGCAGGGGGGUCCCCCUCCAGGGCCCAUGUAUGGGGAAGCACCCAAAAACACAGUGUACGUGGUGGAGGACAGGAGAAGAGACGACUCAGCCGACACAUGCCUGACAGCCUGCUGGACAGCUCUGUGUUGCUGCUGUCUCUGGGACAUGCUGACAUAACGUAUUCCCUGAAUGUCCGCUCCCAUUACCCUCUUGUCCCCCAUUUCUGUGCCUCGAGCCCCGUCACCCCAAUCCCCCCCGUCUGCCUUACACCUCACACUCCUUCAAAACCACUCCCACUUAUUUCCUCUCCAAGUCUUAUGCUCGUCAAUUAAAAAAGCCUUGAUCCCAUAUGGACGUCUCCUGAACAAGCCACUUAUUCCUCCUUAAUGUGAACCCUCAGCACUGACUGAUGUCUGACUGACUGACCCUGUACAGGGGAAACUCUGUAGCAGCUUGUAACUGAGCUUCUAAGCAUAACCUGAAUCUCAGGCUCCUGGCUGUAACUUUAUACCAACACGCAAACACGCACACACACACCAAACUAGUUACACAAUAACACGCACACACAUACAGUGUACUUGGAUCUCAGGCUCAUCUAGUGUGAGGCUCUUUGGCACUUUAUGAUGAUUACCUCUGUAAAAUAUUACUCCUGCCUUCCCUCUCAGCCAUCUCCAACCCUCCCUAACCCCGCAUUAAGCUAUGCUUCUCCCUUUCGCCAAGGACAAGCCUGUGUACUAGACCCUCCAUUUCCCACAAGCUACCAAGACCCUGGCUACUAAUGAGCCACGGUUCGCUCUUAAGAAGCUGAUGCUUGAAAUGUGUCCCUUUCAUUUGCACAGAAGCUGUUUUUGCAGACGUUCGUCUUCAAGUGAAAUCAUACUACAACAAAUGGAAUGCAUUUUUGAUGAUGACAGUGAUUUAUGUUUGAUUACUGUUCACAUUCGAAGGCCUCAAUGUUUCUUAUGUUCAUGGUUCUCUUGAUCUGGAAAAUUAUUCCAUUAUUAUUUUUACUAAUAUCUUGGAGAUAAAAACUGAAAAUGUGAAAAAAGUUGUGAUUGCAGAAGAAACCAAAUGACUUGUAUAUGCCUUUUUGCUUUGGAUGAGAAUCUUGCAUUAAAAUAAUUUAUUCCCAUUAA